AUGGGUGCACAAGAAGAGAAGAAAGAAACAUGUGGUACUAUCUGCCUGAAAUACCUACUGAUCACAUUCAACUUCCUGUUUUGGCUUGCUGGGGGCGUUGUGAUGGCUGUGGGUGUUUGGACUUUGGUUGAAAAGAGCGACUAUAUCAGCCUACUACCCUCCAUGACAUAUGCUGCUUCUGCCUACAUACUGGUCCUUGCUGGAGCCAUCGUCAUGGUAACAGGCGUUCUGGGAUGCUGUGCCACCUUCAAGGAGCAGAGGAGGCUACUGCGAGUGUAUUUUGUCCUACUGCUGUGUAUAUUCCUGUUGGAGAUCCUUGCUGGUGUCCUGGCGUAUAUCUACUAUCGGCAGUUAAAUGAGGAGCUGAAGCAGAACCUGAGGGAGACCAUGAUCCAGAAGUAUGAACAGAAGACUCACGAGCAUGUUACCAGUGCUGUGGAUAAGCUGCAACAGGAGUUCAAGUGCUGUGGGAGCAACAAUUCAUCCGACUGGGUGGAGAGUGUCUGGAUCCGCUCCGACGACGGAAAUGGCAGGGUGGUGCCUGACAGCUGCUGUAAGACUCCGUCUGACAUGUGCGGACGUGGUGGGCACCCCUCCAACAUCUACAAGGUUGAGGGUGGCUGUAUCUCAAAACUGGAGAAAUUUAUCCAGGACCACCUGAAAAUCAUUGGUGCAGUGGGUAUUGGGAUUGCCUGUGUACAGAUAAUAGGGAUGGUGUUUACAUGCUGCCUAUACCGACGUCUCAAGUCAGAGCCAUACUAA